AUGCGUUGGUUCAGCGCCGCCUUUCAGAACUUGAGGGCCGCCGUUCAGAAGUAUCUGAGUUUCAUGGGUUCUCUUCCAUGCCCGGCGUUCGAAACUAUUGACAGUGAGGAGGAUCUCACUUCUUUACGACCUCUCUCCUCAUCUAGCACUGUUCAGUUACCAACACCACCUUUGAGUCAAGUAGUGGUCGCGGGCAAGCCCCUCAAAAACGCCAUUGUCGGUACUUAUGAACCGCGGACGAAAAUAAUCGUCUUAGACGGAUCUCACCUACCUAUCCCGUUUAAGGCUGAGGUUCCUCUUCAGUCCUGCAAACUUAAACGUUUCGAGUCUGAGCCUACCCUAUCAAGCAAUGGACAUAUCGAUGUUUCCUUUACCUAUGUGAAUAUCAAAGCUUGGACCGCUGUUGUUUCUGUUCCGUAUCGAGAUGUUAAAGUUCAGCUGGCUCGAUCCGCGUUCCCAGCGUAUCAGCAGGAUUAUGAUUAUCCAGCUCCUCCCAACCCUGUCAGGCUUAUGCAGCUCCGGCAGCACAACUUUGUUAAAUGCUGA